GUAAGGCAAAGCCUACCACCGUCCGCGCGGCCGGUACCUGCUCCCGGAGCGUGAGUGCGGGGUGUGGGCCGUGCGCGUGCGCGCUCAAAGGGAGCGCGAGGCGGGCGCGCCAGGCCGUUGCGGGCGCGUAGCCGCCGAGGUGGGCGGCUGUAGUGCCGCGCGCCCCACUGGCUGGUAGUUGCGGGGCCUCCUGCCUCGCCGGGGGCUGCGGGCAGCCGUGGCGGCCGCCGGGGAUCGCAAGGGUCGGAGGAAAGCUGGGGGCGGAGGGGGCCGGCCUCGGCACGCAGAGGAACAGCAGGGCAUGCCCCGAGACAACAUGGCCUCCCUGAUCCAACGGAUCGCCCGUCAGGCGUGCCUCACCUUCCGGGGCAGCGGGGGCAGCCGCAGCUCUUCCGACCGCGGCGAGGCGCCAGGCCCCGAGGCGCCGAUGUCGCAGGGCUUCCCGGAGAACCUGAGCAAGCUGAAGAGCCUGCUGACCCAGGUCCGCGCGGAGGACCUGAACAUUUCCCCGCGCAAGGCCACCCUGCAGCCGCUGAGGCCCAACCUGCCGCCAGUCACCUAUAUGCACAUCUGCGAGACAGACGGCUUCAGCCUCGGCGUGUUCCUGCUGAAGAGCGGCACCUCCAUCCCGCUGCACGACCACCCGGGCAUGCACGGCAUCCUCAAGGUGCUCUACGGCACCGUGCGCAUCAGCUGCAUGGACAAGCUGGAGGUGGGCAGCGGGCAACGGCCGCGGGCCCCGCCACCAGAGCAGCAGUUCGAGCCGCCGCUGCAGCCGGGGGAGCGGGACGCGGUCAGGCCGGGUGUGCUGCGCUCGCGGGCGGAGUACACGGCGGCCAGCGGCCCCUGCGUCCUCACGCCGCACCGGGACAACCUGCACCAGAUCGACGCUGUGGAGGGGCCCGCUGCCUUCCUGGACAUCCUGGCCCCGCCCUACGACCCCGACGACGGCCGGGACUGCCACUAUUACCGGGUGCUGGAGCCUGUCAGGGCCAGGGAGGCCUCCGGCUCGGCCUGUGACCUGCCCCGAGAGGUGUGGCUCCUGGAGACCCCGCAGGCCGAUGACUUCUGGUGCGAGGGGGAGCCCUAUCCAGGUCCCAAGGUCUUCCCUUGAAGCCGCCGGCGCCCGGGAUUGGUGGGCCCAAGACAUGCCCUACUCGUAUCUGGACUUGGCUGGCCGCGACCCAUCACAAGGGCUCUUUUCCUUCCCCCAGGCCUGGGCGUUGGAUCUACUGGAAUGGGCUGUAGCCGCUUCCUCGGGAGCCUUGCGAAGCGCGGCGACUGGACUGCAGCCACCGGGCACCGUUUGGGGGGCGGAGUAGGCGGGGAAGCUAGGUUGUUUCCUGGCUCUGUCACUGCCACUGGGGUUUUGAUUUGUGGGGAGGGGGCAGGGGUCUUAUCUGAAGCGCUUCCAUCCUCAAGCCAUAAUGAAAAUUUCCUUUUCUCUGUUCCCCAUCCUAUACAAAAUACACUAAGUGGUUUUCUCCGCCCCCCUCUUUGGGUAAAUAGGGUUUGUUUUCCACUUACGUCCUUAUGCCCUUUUACUCCUUAUUGUUAUAGUUCUAACUUACUGACUUUGCAUGACCUAGUGGUUUGAAUUGUUUUUAGUUCAAGUCAUUGAUAAAAGCUAGGUUUAAAGAGAUGAGCUACUAUUUAAAGUGAACUGUCCGGCCUAAUUAAGUCGUUGUGAAAAUUAAAUCCAUUUUUCCAGAGUUGGGGGAUUACCCCCAAACGUAACUAUGCAUGUAGAGGGCAAGAUUUAUUUUCUUUCCUCCCCUUGCCCAGUAACCACAUCUGGGUUACUCUGGCAGCAUCUACUAAGAAAUUCAAGCAUCUGCAUAUCUCAGUGACAAAUGGUCACUUAGAGCUUCCCGAUGAGUCUCCAGAUCUCUGAGUUGAGAGAUUUCUUGUUGCAGCUUCACCUUUAAUGCAAAAACUAUAUUAUCCUCAAGUGACUUUUUUUGUCUUAGUGUACUUUAAGAAGUAAUAGGGUAAUUCUGUAUUUUCUAACCAUAAGAUUCAGAGGAGCUGAAUCGGUAUGCUUCCAAACAACUGAAUGUAAAACAUCCUUAGCCAGCUGUUUAAUUCUGUGCCCAUAUUUACUUCCAGUAUUUUCCUGCAAAAGUAGAGGAAAAUGUUCAUGACUGUUUCAAAUUUUCUCAGGAGUUCUAACGUUCCAGAGGGCUGAUGAUUCCAGCUGUGUUGUUGGUGGCAGUGUUCUCAGAACCCUGUCCCUCAAAUAGGAGAGAGCCAGUGCUUGCUUCAUCUAGGGUGAGUUUUCUGCAGGAAGAGAGAGAGGCACAGAUGAUCAACGCUAGAAGAUUGAGAAUUAACUAUACUGCUGGCCACUUUAGGGCACCAAAACUUGGGACAAAACACUUCCCACUCCCAACCGCUUGAAAUGAACAGCUGUGUUGUGACUAGUUUUAUUUUUGUCCUUUUAAUUGGCUGAGCUUUACCUUGUUUACAGAUGUAUUGACACCAUUUGCUUCAGGCCAAGGAACACUCCUGUUUCCCCCUUUUUACUAUUUAUAGGACUCUUUUUUUCACAAAACUUUUAAUAAAAACAAACUGUAGAAAUAAACACAUUAAAAUUU